UGCACGUUAACGACAUUGCAAUGCGUUCCUUCCAUUGGAUGUCUCAGAGUGGGCAACUAUCGCAAGAGGCGUCGUUCAUCUGUACCUAGGAUGAAUGUCGACCUGUCGCGUGGUGACCCGGGAGAAGUGCUGAAGGCUGGGACGACAAACCUGACUGAACCUGCGGACAGACGCACAAAGACCUUCUGGAACACAGACAACACAUCAACUGCGGCUUGCUUCUAGUCUUCAAUCCCUCUUACAGUGUCGCUUGUCGCUGCCUCUCGUCACUGUGUUUUUUCCUCAUUCGUUCACUUUUGUCAUUUUUCUGCAAGGCAAGACCCGCGGGCUAUUUCAUUGCCGCUUCGUUCGUUUUCAACAAGAGUGUGCGCCUCCUGGAUUGAGAUGGAAUUUUAGCUGCCUGGUUUGCAGUAUUCAGUAAUAUGGAGUCCCACAGUAGGAAGAAUUCGUGGUUGACGAUUGGAGUCAACGGAUGCUGUGCAUCGAGGGAUGAUGUUGCGUCUGAGAAGAAAGGGCACAAUGGCCGGUCAGCUGCGCGGAUCUACGAUCAGCCUCAAGCCAUGCCUGUCUCCCCAACGAACCCUCUGGCGCCGCGACCAACAACCGGUCAAAUGAUGAGCCAACAUAUCUCGCAAUGGGUCACAAGUAGUCGCGAAUACGCUGCGAGAGCAUCAUCACGAGCAAGCCUGUCCACUCUCACCCGGCCAAAACAAUCACAUUCUCGACCCAGUAUCAGCGCGCCUACCAACUUCCGACACUUUGAUGGCUUUGAUAGCGUGGAGUUCAUGGUCACCGACGCACCGUCGAAUAGCAGACGCCGCAGUUUUCGUCCUCUGCAGCUGUCAAUAUACGGUAGUGGCGGACACGGACAACUAUCACCGCUCCCUAAUUUCCAUGAAGAGGACAGUUGGUCGCAGAAGCCAUCACCGCUAAGCAUGCCCGCGCCGGCGCGAGUUCGCGGAGGUGAAUUGGCGUACCUCUCCAACCCAUCGUCAUACAGUAUUCCAAGGAAGCCCGUUGGUUCUGGUUCGAGACGUGCCAGCGUGCAGAGCGUACAGAGUAUGACGACCCACGAGAGGAGAUUCUCAGGCUCGACGGUUGGUACAGUUGCCACACCUGCCUUGCCAUCCUGGAGCGAAGAGCCGAAGGCCAGCGUCGAGUCGGUUGUUCGUGGCGCUGGGAUGUUGCGACGCUCACGCACAUCCGCAUCAAAUACUCCAGCCCGUGUCCUCUCUCGUCUCCCUUCACCUUCCCGCAAUCGAGCCAACACCGCACCUUCAAGACCCGCCAGCCUCCGUCGAGCCAAUACCGACGUUGACGAAGCUAUUCGCGAGCUCAACACGAUCGUGGAAGAGCGUCGUGCCUCAACCUACCGCUCUCAGAUUCAGGCUCCCGCGCUCAACAACCGUAUUCCUCCCUCUCCGUCUCAUCACGUGCCACACUUUGCCCCCUCAAUGCGCAUGCAUGUCCGCUCAGAAACCCUCUCAGACAUUGGCUCCGCUUUUUCUGUCCCUCUCGUCAACAAGGCUCUCCCCAGCCCUCCUUCAGACUCAACUCCUGCUCUCCGCCGGGCACCAAAUUUCUCCCUCUACCCGCCAGCGCGCAACUUCACCGGUCCAUUGACUUCGAACCCCAUCACCCCGCCUCCCCCCAAGACUGCCAGUUCAACGUCCACAACUUCGCUCCACCGUUUGAGCAACUGGCUGCGCCGUUCGUCAUCGCGCCCCACCACGCCCAAGGCAAAGGAUCUGACACCAUUCUACAAAGUCGAAGUCGAAGUCCCAACUCUCCCCGUUCUUCCGUCGCGCGCCAGCACAGUGGAGAGCCGCACUACAUACCACGUGCGCCAGGACUCGCAGGACUCGAACGACAGCACCGAGACCAGCGCUACCACGGUGACACUCGUAUCAAGCUACUCGAUGACGCGGUCGGCGAGUCCCGAGGAAGACCUGGACGCCGCCGCCCACGCGCGCGCAGACGUACUCAAGGGCAACGGGCGCCAGCGCCGCAUCCCCGCGCCCCUCGUCUUCAACACAGGAGACAAGGACAUUGAAGCCGCACUAGCCACCACCACAAGCACCCGCAGCACGCGAGGCCUCCGCGAGAUGUGGCCUCCUGUGUCUCCGCACUCGCAUAUCCUGCCGGGCCAGGAGCUGUUCGCGAAAGAAGUCGGGCUGCACAGCGGCCGGAGAUUUCCGCCCAGUCCGCACAUGCAUGUCAGCAUGGUCGGCGUCGCAUUCUAAGCGUUGGGAUUCGUGCCGGCACACCCUCCUUGUCUGCGCCGCACCGCACGCCGCAGACACAUCACUUUAGCUGUGACUUUGGUCACCCAUAUCAUAUAGCGUAUUUAUUCACUAGCCCAGGGCACAUACCCUCCGCGUUCGCGGAUGCCCGGGCGUAUUUCAGUUCACUUCGAUGGAUAUACCCCUUUCCGAUGCCGACGCUAGGAGCGUCGAUGUCGCUAUUUUAGUUUUAGUAGUGCAAGACGAACGAAUACAAUAAUCUUCCUCG